AUGGCGACUCUCAUAUUGGAUAAUGGAGCGGGAACUGCGAAAAUCGGGUUUUCUACUGAUUCUGAACCUAAAAUUAUUCCAAAUUGUAUCACAAAGGCCAAAAAUGUGCGCACCAGAAUCUUUGUUGGGGAUCAAAUAGAUGAGUGCAAAGACCUGUCAAGUCUAUACUACUUACUUCCCUUUCAAAAGGGAUUUAUCGUGAACUGGGAAAUAGAAAAGCAAGUGUGGGAUCAUGUGUUCAGCAAAGAUGUUUGCCAAGUUGAUUUUAAUGAAACAACUGUCAUGAUAACCGAACCAUUCUUCAACUUUCCAUCGGUGGGGGAGGCAAUCAAUGAAGUCAUUUUUGAAGAGUACCAGUUCCAAGCAUUGCACAGGACACAAGCUCCCACUUUAACUUGCUACAAGCAUCAGACAGACAAAGAAACAAGCGGAAGUUUGUUUGGAACACUUGUUGUAGAUUCUGGCUACUCAUUUUCACAUAUUGUGCCCUUCUACAAAAAUAAGCCGGUGAAAGAAGCAAUUAUUCGGAUCAAUGUUGGUGGAAAAGUUUUAACAAAUCAUCUCAAGGAGGUAAUAUCAUACAGGCAGUUGAUGGUAAUGGAUGAAACGUACGUCAUUAACCAAAUGAAAGAAGAUGUUUGUUAUGUAUCUACACAGUUUAACAAAGAUAUGAGUAUAGCAAGAUGCAAAGGCCCAGAGAAUUCAAUAAGUCAGGACUAUAUCCUUCCAGAUUACACCCAUAUAAAGAGAGGCUAUGUCAGAUCACGUUCAGAAGCAGGAAAACUCAAAGGAGAUGAACAAAUGAUCCGAAUGACCAAUGAGAGGUUUGCUAUCCCAGAACUUUUGUUUCACCCCAAUGACGUGGGAAUUCAAGAAAUGGGCAUUAGUGAGAGCAUCAUGCACAGUCUCAGUUUGGUGGAAAAGGAAUUGGUGCCUCAUUUGUUAAACAACAUUGUUUUAACUGGAGGCAACGCUCUUCUUCCAGGUUUCCAGAGCCGAGUGUUCAUGGAUGUCAGAAGCAUGGCCAAUGAUGAUAUGGAUGUUGGUGUAUCUACACCAAAAAACCCAGUAACAUAUGCUUGGCAUGCUGGUUGCGACUUCUCCCUGGAUCCUACCUUUCCCUCCCUCUGUGUCAGCAGACAUGAGUAUGAAGAGUACGGACAUUCCGUGUGCACAACAAAAUUCAAUGUUUCAUAG